CCUCUUCUCACCUCCAGUAAAUGGCGUUUGGCUGGUGUAUUUGGCUUCCGAUCAGUGGUACGCUAGGUUUGAUUCAGAUUUUGGUUGGAGCAUUCGGAUUUUUGUGCUGAUCUGAAGAAGUUUGCUGGUUGUUGGUGAUAUUUUCUCGUUCUUACCAUUAGUUUUUCUACCAAUUUCUGGUUUUCGAUGGUGGUUAGGGGUGCCAUUAGAUGGUUUGGUGGUUUUGAAUUUCUGUGCGCUGUUAUCCAGUGAUUUUGAAUUUGGAGUUUGAGGCUCUUGUAUUGCGCUUCUCCAAACAUAGUGUUAUAAGGGCACGGGACUACUAGGCUUGAUCCAUGAAAAUUUCGGGCCUCAUUGGCUUUUCCCUGCUAAUUAAUAAUUAGCAAUAGUAAUACAGUGGUAGGCAUAUAUUAAACGGUGCGUUUAGCUGUAGCAGAUGGGGGAAAUGAUAGCGUACCACGUGGAAGACACAAUAAAAUCGGGUUCGUUAUCGUUAUCUUCUUUUGUUGAGCUCUGUGUAAGACAGUGCAGGAUACUUUACUGCUAGUCUCUUUGCUUCACUGACCGGGAAUGGCAUCGAGAGAGAACUCCACGAGCACGGUUCCGAGUGUUGCACCUAGCUUUGUCUUGCUCUCAUCGUGGAUUGCUCACAACCCUUUUCUGAGACCUUUGAAGCUGAAUCUCGCAUCUCCAAAUGGUAUGAUACGUGAGCUCCACUUGUCCCUCACUUCGACGGCUGAAAAAUGCUCGAGGUUCCUUCACUUGUUUGCCUCUGAAAAUCCCAUUUUCAAGAGAUUACUCUCUUUCUCUUCCCAUUUUAGGCAUCAUCUUGCCCAGUUUCAAUGCAGGGAUUAUAGGAAUCCAAAUUCUCUGUCCAAUCACACCUUUGCUGCAGUAUUACCGGGAGAUUCAGUGGCAGGGAUUGUGGUAGCUAAUGGCAUUAUCAAUUUUCUGAAUAUAUACAACACGCUGUUGAUUGUAAGGCUGGUUUUGACCUGGUUUCCCAACUCUCCUCCUGCCAUUGUCAGUCCCCUCAGCACUCUGUGUGAUCCCUACUUGAACAUAUUCCGCGGAAUCAUUCCACCACUGGGAGGGACAUUGGAUUUUUCUCCGAUUCUAGCAUUCCUGGUUCUAAAUGCCUUUACUAGUACUGCUGCUGCACUUCCUGCUGAACUUCCAGGAACAGAAGCUUCUCAAGGAAAUUGUCCUCCACAUAGAAGGUUCACUAAUCUCACUACAUCACAGAAUAAAUGGAUGAGAAGGUGUUACGGGAACAAGGCACAGAGCUCCACUGGUGCCAAUUAGGCCAUUAUCAAGAUCGUCCUCUAGGUAUACACUUUUAUUUAUUUUUUGUUUUGGUAUUUGAAUACUGGGUAGUCCUUUUCCGAGUAAUAAUUGACUUCAGCUUGCUGAAUUAUGGGAAUUCUUUUUGCUUGCUCACUCCUCGAGCAGUGAGUUAUUGUAUUUUUAUGAAUAUUGUCGACGUUAGAGCUUGACAGGAUGGUUAGUGGUUUAAAA